UGUCUCUCUUCAGAAAUACCUGAGAACGGCGCUGAUUUGGCUCACUUUUCUGCAGUCCACAAAACGUGUUUGUUUGCGAGUGAGCAAAAUCCAGACAAGAGUUUACUGCUUAAGUAUGCGCAACAUCGCUGGGAGGCUGCAUGGAAUACUUCACCAUCACCAAAAAGUCAUAUUGCCGUACUACAGUUAACACAUUAUCUCCAGAUGUUUCUCAAAUAUAAGAUGUUUAAAAUAGAUAUAAAUGCUAAACAGGUUGGACCUUCAUUCGUACACUUGGAUUUAAAAUCGUCGGUAUUUGGACAAAUUGACAUUCUGCAAACUGUAACACCCAUUGAACCACUUGUACAAAAAGUUUCUCACAGGUUCUACGCACGACGGGUUCUCGGACCUAUGGUAAAAUUGAUGAUUUUCGCCGAAAGUGUUAUGUUUGAAAGAGACAUGGUUAUCUGGAACCACAAAGUAUUUCGUAACACACCAUUACUAGUUAAAGAAGAUAUUGCCAUAAGAAGAUUUCGAGUGUGGUUCUCACAAUUUUAUACAGAAAACAGCAUGUCAUUUAUUGAUGCACGGAAAAUAUUGGAUUGGUAACAUAGUUUAUAUGUUUUAUUAUAUGUAAUAAACGAAAAUUCUUACAAUAGUGAAGAAGUUAUAUUUUUUAAUAAGUAAGUAAAUGAAGCUGAAUAGCGCAACUCCGUUAGCAGUCUCUAUUCACUAAUUGAGACAUUUUGUAAUAAAGUAUCCAAUCUUAAGUCACAAAA